AUGUUGUUCAAAUACAGUGAAUUCCCAAUGCAACAAACUUCAUGGGAGCACAAAUUUUGCUUGUUGCAACGAGAUUUUUGUUGUGAUGGAAUGCAAGCAUGGGGUUUUAGCAUAGUGGAUUUAGUUCAAGAUCAAAAAUCACAUCGUUUCUAUGCUCUGAAGAGAAUACCUUGCCACAGCAAAGAAGAUGAGCGAAAUGCAAUGAAGGAAGCUGAGUACCACAAUAUGUUCAACCAUCCAAAUAUUAUUGAAUGCAUUGAUGUUGCAUUAGCUGAAAGGUAUGAUGGACUCAACCCCAACAAAAGUGAAGUUAGACUUCUUCUGCCAUAUUAUAGAAAGGGAACAUUGCAAGAUGAGCUUACAGUACGGGCAAAGAACAAAAGUUACAUAUCUGAAGAAAGGGUUUUAAGAAUUUUCAGGCUGAUGUGUGAAGGCAUCAAAGUAAUGCACAAUGCUCAACCGCAUCCUCUAGCUCACAGAGACAUUAAGCCAGCUAAUGUUCUGAUGAGUACUGAUGACUCUCCAGUGUGGAUGGAUUUUGGUUCAAUGGGCAAAGCACGGCAAGAAAUUCGGAAAGCUACGGAUGCCAGAAUUCUGCAGGAUUUGGCUGCUGAAAAGUGUUCCAUGUUAUAUCGAGCACCAGAACUUUUUCAUGUUGAGAGUCACUCUUCUAUAGAUGAGCGAAUUGAUAUCUGGUCAUUAGGUUGCUGUUUAUAUGCAAUGUGUUAUUUUAAAUCACCUUUUGAUGCUGCACAUCUGAGAGGAGACAGUGUGGCCCUUGCAGUUGUCAGUGGAGUAAUAGAGUUUCCUGAGACUUCACCGUAUUCUAGUGGUAUGCACAAUUUAAUCAAAUCCAUGCUGGAAGUGAGUGCCUUGCAGAGACCAUUUAUUGAUGGCGUUCUUUUACAAAUUGAUUCUUUGCUUCCAGUUAUUCAGAACAAGGUUUGAAAGUGUUAGUUUCUCCACUAAAUGGUGAUUUCACAAAGUUUCAAGGAAUGGCAAAGUAAAUCAUUUUUGGCAUUUAAAACUUUACAUGCAUUCCAAUGUUUUUCAUUGUAUCUUCACUACUGUUGGGAAAUUCUUCAGCGCAUGUUUUUUAGAAUAUACGUAUUUGUUGCAAAAAUGUUUUAUGAUUUCAAAGUUUAUUGUUUGUUGUUUACAUAUUUUACCAAUCUGUAAAGAAUGCAAAAUGAUGAAAAAAGCAUAUGUGGUUGCUUUUUCUCAGUAUUUUGUAAAUAUAUUUUAUUUCAAUGCAAUAUGGUGCUUUUGUUGCUGCCAAACGGGUUGCACAGUGUUGAAUGAGAAAUAAGUUGUUUAUUCUUUCAAUGCUUUUGACUUCAUUUCUUUUGACCUUUAAUUUUCAGAUUAUUAAACCAAAUUCAACACAAAUAAGUGAAUAAUAAUAGUAAUGAAGUUUAAAAUAUAAAGUGAAAUAAAUUGACAGAAUAUACUAUCUUUUUCAUGUUAAAAAAAUGAAUAAUUAAGUGUGAAAGUGCCAAAAAUUUGCUGCAAUUUAUUGUAAGAAAAUAGAAUUAGAAUAAUCUGAAUUUAAACUACAAAUCAAACUCUCACUGUUAAUAUUUAUUAUGAUACUUAUGCACAAACUAUCAAUAUCAUCUUCAAAUUGAUCUGUUGCAUCACUUUAUAUAUAUAUAUAUAUAUUCAAUGUCUUACAUCUUAUUCCAGCCAGAACUAUGAAACAAAAAAACUUAAACCUGUAUUUGUUAUAGUCUCUAUGUCAGGGGUUCACAAACUGGGUGCCGUGACACCUUAAGUUGCUGUAAGAAAAAGCAAGGGGUGCCACAAAGUGUCGUCCGUGGUAUCAAUAUCAAUGUAUAUACAGUAAGGGGUGGGUGCUCCAACUUCGGCCAUGUAGACCAAAAAAAAACAUCCUCCCAUUUUUGGUGUAGCUUAGCAAAAUUUUCCUAGAUCAUGACUUUGUUGUCAUCAGAAAGUCUAACUGAUGAUAAAGCGUUACCAACUAGCAGUUUUUAGUGCAGCAAAAGCGCAUCAACUCUUUGUGCAGCUAUGUAACAGUGCAUAGAGGACUGGUGUCAAAACUACCUCAUCUUGUUUUAUGGUAAGUUCUGUUUCUACAUGGUUUACUAGUAUAAAAAGUUAAUUGGUCUUAAAGCCUUAUUUUUUUUUAGUUGAUGAAUUCAACAGGAAAAAUGUUGUUUACCAUCAUUUAUUUCUGUGAUUUGAUAACCUCACAAAAUAGAUUUUAGCCCAAUAAGGCUAUGGUUUGCCUUAUUAGCACUCCUGCGCUCCUAUAGUAUAACCAGAGUAUUCGGUAGAGGAUGUAAUCCUAUGCUGCAUAUCCUGCACAUAUGCACGCGAACUGUGUGCAUGAGUGUGUGUGGGGGGGGGGGAGCACAAAAUAACAUUAUAACAUUAUCAGUUGUACCAAAUGUGAUGAUUGAUCAUUCUAGAACUUUUGGUAAUGUUUUUUAAGGUUAUCAAGUGUAUUUUAAUAUGUUGUUAUAUUGGUUAGAAUUUUUCAAUUCCUUUUAAUUUGCAAGUACAUUUUGGCAAUUUUUUGUACUCAACUCCGUGUGCAGUAAUCUUUGCCCAUAGCUGGCCUUAUUGGAGACAUAUGCUCCUAAUAAGGUUGAUCGCCUUUCUUUGUUACAAUUGCUGAAAAUAUUAUUGAUACUUGAAUAUUCAUUCAAUUUUAUUUUUGUCUUAUUUUUAUAUGAGUCAUCUGAUGACUUUGCAAAAGCUAGAGGAAAUUCAACCAUAAAUCAGCAAAAUAUUAGGCUAUGAACCUUGGGGGCACUUGCACUUAUCUUAUAUAAUAUAGAUAGACUAGGUUACCAUAAGUAAAUUUUUAUUCUUCAAAAGGUGCUGUGAGUCGAAAAAGUUUGAGAACCGCUGCUCUAUGUUAUGAAAGUCAUUGCACUGAUUUCCUCAUAACUGUUUACAACACUGUUUUGCUGCAUUAUUUCUGCCAGAAAAUAUUUUUCAAUCAGAAAAUACUUGUGAAAGAAGUGAUUUUGUCUAUGCAACAGUUAUGAGAUAAGCAUACUCAUGUGUCGUGUAAUUGACAUUGGUUGGAUGUUAUGUACUAUCUGACAGCAGGCCCAUCACUUAAGGGGGUCAAAUGACACUCUAGCUUUGGGAAAUUAAUCUAUUUAAAUGCAAGUGGGUGUGGUUUUUGGUGUUUCUUUAGUACAAUUUAGAGUGAGUAUUUUACGCAUUUUUGGGUGUUUGAGAAAAAAAAGCUUUGAAAUUGCUGAUGCAUCAGAUACAACGGGUGUGGCGCAUACGAUGUUUUUUUUCUAAAAUCUUUUUACCGCAUUUUCAAGAAAAUAAUCUAUUUCAGGAAGAAGGGAAACAAAAUGUAAUGAACGUUUCCAAAAUGAUAAGAAAUGAGCUUAGUUUGUAAUACUAUGUAUGAUUUUUUUUUGUAAUCCUAAAUUUUGAAAUAGUUAGUUUGCGUGAUUUGUUUUCUGCGUUAAUCAUUCCUUUCAAUCUGUAUUAAUAUCAUUAAAAUUUCCAUAUUUCUUUAAAAAAUGAGGAAUCCAGAAUUCGAUAUUUCUUGUAUUUAUCAUGUAGUCGGGGUUCUACUUUAAUUAUAAGUCUUUUAUUAACAGGUAGGUGGUAUAAAAUAAUUGCCAGAAUGUGUGUCAAUUUAUUUCUUUCGUGUUUAGUUAACUGGCUUGAACUGAAAUCGGGAAAAUGUUUAGAUAUUCAAGUGUCAUUCAGGUAAAAGUUUCGGAAUUUUCUAUCCCAAAUAAGUCUGAUCCUUCAGCUUUAAAAACACCGUUUCUUGGUUUGAUAUUUAAGCAAGUAUAUGCAGUAAUUAUAUCAUUGGAAGUUCCUAACGUUUUAUAAAGAUGCUCGCUUCAUGAUUUUACAUCCGCCAUGUUGAAACUUUCGGUAUCGAUUCGAAAAUCAGCAAAGUCCAUGGUUGGAGAGUUCAAAUCCUAAAUUACAAGUAAUUAAGUUUUCAAAACUGCUUUUAAACAUUUGUUUUAAUUGCCCUCCAGUUUUCUUUGCUACUAUUAUUGCUUUUAAAUUGUUUAACUUUGGUUGGAGCGCAUACAGUGGAAUUUUUUCUUUCUUCAUAAAUAUUACGAUGCGACGCUUACGAUUAAAGCUGCGCAUACUCCGGGAAAUACAGUACCCUUUGUCCCCCCUCCCGAUUCCGGACCUUCUAAAAUUAGAAAUGAUGGGUUUAUCUGACCGAAUAUCCGAUCUUAAAUUAUUAGCUGAGAAAUGAAGCAUGAAGUGAAUUUAUAAUAAUUUACUAACAUAGCAGCUCAUAGUAAAUUACUUCAUCAAUUUUUUAUUCAAACUAUUUUUUGAUUCAUCAAAAUUUUAUAGUUAACUUCACAAAAUGUUUCAUUGGAAUUAAUGACAUAAAUGUAUAAAAUCACAGUUAACCAAAUGAGCAAACAUUAUUCAAAACAAAAACAUUUAUUCCUCAAAAGUGGUUUUAAUGAAAGGGACAAGGGGGCUCAUAAGCCCCCAUGAUUUACUAUUUGGGUCUGUGCUGAAUAUUACUUAUCAUUUCUUUUUUGCUAAGUUGUUUACCACUUUACAGUGCUGUAGUUGGAGAAAAAAGUAUUUGGGGAAACUUAUUGAAAGAAAAGGGGGUUUGAAUCCAGUUAGUAUUACAUUUGUAUUAUUUUUACAAUAAAAAAACUGAUAUUUCAGGGGAGGGUUUCCUUGUGCCUCCCUCCUCCCAACUACAGCACUGCCUCUUUACCAAGAAAAGGUUUUAAAAAAUGUAUUCAAUUUUAUCAUAGUGAUCAUACUACAUGUUUUGAGUCAUAAAAUGAUUUUGGUUUUAAAUCAGCAUGCAUGCUGAACUAUAUAUAUAUUUUUCUGUUUCUUGCAUUCAAGUUGUGCUUGUAACUAAAUUAUAUAUAGGUAUAGUAUGUCCUUGAAAUCUUUUAAAUAUAUUCAGCUCCUUUUGAUGCAUUGUUGUGUAAAAUCUACAUCAGAAAUGUCUUCUUAAAAAUUACCCUGAAUACUAAUUAUUUUAAUAACUAUUUAUGUAUAUAAGAAAUAAAACAAUACCUGUAUGUGUUGAAAAUAAAUU